CUCAGUGUCCUUCCUCGGCUUCUCUGAGUAUCACUCUAAUUACCAUACCUCUUACAACUUGAUAUCGUUCUCCUGCCUCUACAAUCUGAAGAUGAAGCCAGUAUUUGCAACUAUGCUACUUUUGUGCCUUGUCCUCAGCUCCUCUUUGUUUGAAGUGUCAAUGGCUGAUUCAGGUUUAUGUUCCUCUAAGUGCGCGAGGAGGUGCUCUAAAGCUGGCCUGAAGUAUAGAUGCCUGAAGUUCUGUGGGAUCUGCUGCAAUAAGUGUAAAUGUGUGCCAUCCGGGACUUAUGGGAACAAGCAUGAGUGUCCUUGUUACAGGGACUUGAAGAACUCCAAGGGCAAGCCAAAAUGCCCUUAAAUCUUUGAUUUCACUACUGGCAUGCAUGUAUCUCCAUCUUAUGAGAAAUUCCACCGAAAACUCUUGCUAGCUAAUUAAGUUUAUGUUUAUGUAUUAUAUAUAGAGAGAUGGGAAUAAAUAGGGGUCCUCUUUGCCCUUAUGUGUAUGUGGAGUGCCUUAAUUAGUUUCUGUGGUUAGUUAAUAAAAGCAAUGCUUUGAUUCUCGUCAAUGUAUUUGUUUGUAAAUUGUAAC